AUGGCUUUUGUCAACCUCGAGAAAGCCUUUGAUCGAGUGCCAAGGAAUGUAAUCUGGUGGGCCAUGCGAAAGCUGAAUGUUGAGGAAUGGCUGGUACGGAUGGUACAAUCAAUGUACUCAGAUGCUAGGAGCCGUGUGUGUGUUGGAGACGGAUACAGUGACGCUUUCAGAGUGGGAGUAGGUGUACAUCAGGGUUCUGUACUGAGCCCGCUACUCUUCAUCAUCGUCGUGGAAGCCUUGUCAAUCGAGUUGCACACUAGCUGCCCAUGGGAGCUCUUGUAUGCUGACGACCUUGCCAUUGUCGACACCUCACUAGAGGUACUAGUUGACAGAAUCCCCACCCGGAAGAAAGGCAUGGAAGCAAAGGGUCUAAGAGUAAACAUGGGAAAGACCAAAGUACAUUAUGUAAUGAUUGCUGGAUCAAACCUGAACUCCCUGAGAAGAUCAGGAAAACACCCUUGUUCGGUAUGUCUUAGCGGAACAGAAAGAAACUCUUAUCUUCUGCACCAACUGCUCUUGCUGGGUCCACAAGAAAUGUGGUGGAAUUAA